UUAGCAAAACUGAGCAACCUAGUUUCUGAAGCUUGGUUUUAAAAAAUUUUUAUUUCAUUUUUAAAAGUGCACCGAGAAUGGACGCGGACGAAGUCAAUGAAGCUCUUUUGAAACUGAACUCAAACAUGGACCAACUGUUCCUGAUCAUAAUCGGAAUGAUAGUCUUCUUUAUGCAGUGUGGUUUCGCUUUCUUAGAAGCGGGCGCAGUGCGAAUAAAAAACACGACUAACAUUCUCAUGAAAAACAUGAUGGAUUGUGCUAUAGCUGCUAUUGUUUACUGGGCGAUUGGCUAUGCCUUGGCCUUCGGAAAAGAGUCCAACACUUUUAUAGGAUAUUCUUACUUUUUCUUGGCGCAUUUUCCUACGAACCAAGUGGCCUUUUACUUUUUCCAGUUCGUGUUUGCUGCAACAGCUGCUACAAUAGUAUCGGGAGCGAUGGCUGAACGAACUAACAUUUACGCCUACUUCGUUUACAGUAUAUGUAUCACCGGAUUUGUUUACCCGGUCGUGGCUCAUUGGGUUUGGGAUCCCAGAGGUUGGCUGGCUGCAGAGGCCCCAUGGGAUGGUGUAUUCUAUAUGGACUUCGCAGGAAGCACAGUUGUUCAUGCCGUCGGAGGCAUUGCAGGCUUGAUGGGAGCAAUCGCUUUGGGUCCUCGUAUCGGACAGUUUGACGCCGAGACGAAAGUACGUUCCAGGAUCCGAGGACAUACGAUUCCCUUGAUGUGCCUCGGAGGAAUCAUACUCUUCUUCGGAUUUUUUGCCUUCAACGGAGGAUCGCAGCUCGCAAUAUCAAACGAAGGUGAUGGCGAAGUGGUUUCAAAGGCAAUUUUGAACACUAUUCUUUCGGGAUAUGGAGGAGGAAUAGUGGCUAUUUUGGUGUCCAAAAUCAGAACUAAUAAAUUCAGUUUGCCCCAGUGUAUCAACGGAACUCUAACUGGAAUGGUUGCAAUUUGUGCCGGAUGCAAUGUCGUGGAACCCUGGGGUGCUCUGGUUACAGGAACAGUAGCCGGGAUGACAUUUGUAGCCUGGAGCGAAGGAAUUUUCUACGCUGGCGUUGACGACCCUUUAGACGCGGUCGCGGUGCACCUCGGCGGGGGUUUGUGGGGAAUAAUAGCCGCGCCUCUUUUCGCCACGAGACUAGGGGUUUUCUAUAAUUGGGAUGCCAGGGCAUUUCAGUUUCUGCUCUGGAAUAUAAUUGGAGCUCUGGUGAUCUGUGCAUGGGCUUCGGUCCUCACAGGAGUCAUAUUUUGGAUUAUGAGAUUCGCUAAAGUUUUGAGAGUGAGUCGAGAAACCGAAACGAUGGGUUUGGACGAAGUAGAACACGGUGAGAAAGCUUAUGAACCUGAUCUAAUAGGCGUUCUUCAAGAAAUGAACGAAAAACAAUCACGACCAAAAUAUUCUUCUAAAGAAGAACUGGGGCAGGCGAACAAGAACUUCAAAGCCGAAGAACUCUAGACUGACGAAAAUUAGUGCAGCGGUGUCAAAACCUGCGAAACAACCAACAAUUUGGACGAAUAAAGAAAAAG